UUCUUUUGUCGUGUUUAGAUAAAUUGUCGCUGUUUAUUACAAAGAUUCGUUUUUCUUGAAUUAAAUUCGAUGACAGCAAGAAUUAUUAAGAUCAUAUUCUGCACAAAAAUUACGAAACUAUUUGCUAGCGUUUGAAUCAACAUCUAUUACGAGAAAAAGUGAAUUCAACACGAACUUUAUUAUGUUGUUUCUCGCAUUGAUUAUGAUGUUUAAGACAUAAUUAAGGUAUUUGUAAAACAGUUAAAUAAUGGAGCAUUCAAAGAGAACCUCACUUGAUGAGGAGCCAAAAAUUCUUGAACCUGUUUUAGUAAAAAUUGUCACGAACGAACGCAUAAAUAUCGACAAAAAUGAGUUUAAAAUUGGACGUGCCAGAGAUAAUGAUGAAAUAAUAUUGGAUGUCAUGAUAUCUAGAAGACACUGCAUUUUUAGAUGUAUAGGCCAGGAUGAAUGGACGCUUAAGGAUUUAAGCUCUAGUGGAACAUUUGUCAAUGGUAAUGCCAUUGGCUUUGGUGAAGUACAAAAUGUUCGUCCUGGUGAUACUAUACAAUUUAGUCCUAAUGAAACGUUUAUAUAUGUAUUUACUCUUACCGAGAAAGAUCAUUGUAUCAAGAAAGCACGUAUAGAUGAAAAGAUACUCGACACUGUACUUGUCAAGCAAAGAACGUUUGCCGAAAAUCAAGAAUGUCAAAGAAAAGCACUAAAAAAUAAGCUUGAAAUAAACCAAAAAGAGCAAGUCAAGUUAAAGCAGCAACUUGAAGAUCUAUUGUCUCAACAAGCUAUGGCUAAAGAUGAUAAUGAGAAUUUAUUAAAACAAGUUAUCAUAUUAGAAGAAAAAAUAAAGACAUGUAAUUCUCAAGAAGAACAUCUGAAUAAUAUGUAUUCUCAGCUAUUGCAAAAGUUGGAGAAUGAAAGGCUGCAGUUUGAAGCAAGGCUAAAUGAGGAGAAACAGAAAUGGCAAGAAGCAUUAGACAUGAGUAAGCAAGAAAAAGAGAUGCUGGAAAUAAAAAUGAAAGAUCAAAUGGAAAAAUGGAGAGAAGAACAGCAAGUAGAAUGGAAAAACAUGAUGGAGAGCAAGGUAAAGGAAGAGAAAAACAUUCAGGCCCGGUUAAUGAAUGAGAAGACUAUGUUAGAAGAAAAAUUGAAAAACCAUGUGAAUGAAAAGACCAUGUUAGAAGAAAAAUUGAAAGAAACAGAGAAAGCCUUAAAGAAACAAGAAGCCAAAGCAGAAAUUUCGCAAGCAAUAUUGAAUAUAAAUACAUCAGGCGAAAUUGCAAGUACAUCAGAGUGUAUAUUCUUAAACUUGAAUGGUGAUCAAUUCGAGGUUCCACAAUAUGAAAUAAUAGACACGAUAGAUCUAACGGAAAUAAGUCAAAAUAUCCUAGAGACUAGUAUUAAUGAAAAUAUUCUUGGAAAAGUUAGCAAUAUUAUGGAUGAACAAUUGACAUGUGCCAUAUGCUCAGAAUUAUUUAUUAAAGCAACAACAUUGAAUUGUACACAUACAUUUUGUCACCACUGCAUAAAUUCAUGGAAUAAGAAACAGAAAAGUUGUCCUGUCUGUAGGAAGCCAGUAAUAUCGAUGAUUAGAUCAUUAGUUUUAGAUAAUUUUAUUGAAAGUAUGAUCGAUAACUUGCCUAUUGAACUUAAAAACAGAAGAAAAGAAAUUAUACAAGAAAGAGAAGUAUUAACAACGAAAAAAAGGAGGUAUUAA